AUGAAGCCUCCAGCAAAUUCUACCUCUUCAUAUUUUUCAAAUGCCACAAAUUGCGCACUGCCACAACUAACUUCAACAACAACUACUACAUCAACAUUGUACAACAAAUCAUGGACCAACCACGAACUCAAACUAUCUCCAUCAAGACAUCAUCAGCAGCUGCAACAUUCGAAUCUUCAUCACCCAUCCUUGCAAUCUCCAUUGUAUCAAAGUUCCACACCAAGGCCUCCUCAUGAUCCAACCGGCAAUAAUAACAUCAACAACAUCGCUCCCAACAACGAUGACGACGACGACGACGAUGAUAUUGACAAAAGCAGUAACAUCGACGACAACUUUUUAUCACAUCCUGGUGGUAAUUUUUCAAACUGGGCCUCUUCCAGGUCCUUUUACUUAAGCAAUCCCAACAGCAACGGCAACAACAACGCAACACACAUCUCUUCCAACAAAGCACCGACAACUCCUAUAAACCCUUAUUAUAACAUACACAACUUAUACAGCAACGAAAACAGCAACAACAAUAAUAUAUUAAAGUCUUCUUUCCCGCCGUUCUACGCACCAGACGAGACUUCGUUACUUUCAUUCAACAAGGGAUUCCCUCUCUCCGAAGAUUUUUGUCGAUCAAUACAAUCGAACCACCAAAACCACUCCCAAUUAAUCCCACCGCCGCCUCUUCACACGCACAACUUCUACCACGGAUACGACUCGAGCAGCCACAACCAUUCGUCACUGACGUCGCCAAACACGCCCUACAUGUUUCCAACCGAACCCUUCCAAAAUUCUAACCCUUCAACUCUUGCCCUUCCCUCAGUACUCUUUUCACCAUCGACCCUCAACAGCAGCAUCAACUUUUUCACCUCCACUUUAACUUCAUCAGCGUCCAUAGCGUCCGACGUUGACGCCACACGACACCCAGACAGCGGCAUUGGCGAUUGUAGUUCGCCACUGAACAGCCAUCAACAGAGCAUCAACAGUAUUCAUAACAACAACUCCAACAACAGUUACGGCGUAAAAAAAUUAAAAGAAAAUUAUCAGCCUGCUGACAAUAGGAGUGGAGUGGUACAUGCUGGUGCUGCAAGUCAUCAUCCAACUACGAAUCAAGCCAACCAAACAUGCCUGACUCCAAGCGAAAACAACAAAAUCGCCAGCACCAAUCACAGUAACAGCAAUAACCACCAAUCUAACAACAGCAACCACAACAUUAUUUCAAACGGAGAUUUAAACAACGUCAACCUACCGCUCUGUCGUGAAAACAACAACAACAAAAGUAACAACAACAGCCACAGCAAUAACAUUACAAUGGAAGGCAAAGAAAACAUGAAAACAACAACAAACACGACAACAAACUCGAGCUCUAAUGAGGAAUUUAUGAUGGACUCCAUGCAACCAACCAGACAGCUGGCUGAUAUAUUUUCUACGGGUUAA